AUGGCAGCCGCUAGUCCCUCGGAGUUCAGUAACCCUUUGAGGAAGUUCAAGCUGGUAUUUUUGGGUGAACAAAGUGUUGGGAAAACGUCGUUGAUCACACGUUUUAUGUAUGAUACCUUUGAUAACACGUAUCAGGCCACUAUUGGUAUUGACUUUUUAUCGAAGACCAUGUAUUUAGAAGACCGAACAGUACGAUUACAACUAUGGGAUACUGCUGGACAGGAAAGAUUUAGAAGCUUGAUCCCGAGUUAUAUUCGAGACUCUUCGGUGGCCGUUGUGGUAUACGACAUCACAAACAGAAACUCAUUUAUGAAUACAGCAAAAUGGAUUGAUGAUGUUCGUGCGGAACGAGGGAAUGACGUUAUUAUUGUGCUGGUUGGAAACAAAACUGAUCUAAAUGACAAAAGACAGGUAACGACGGAAGAAGGCGAAAAGAAAGCGAAGGAAUUUAACGUUAUGUUUAUCGAAACUAGCGCAAAGGCUGGAUAUAAUGUGAAAACUCUCUUUCGUAAGAUUGCACAAGCCCUACCUGGAAUGGAAAAUACAAUGAACGAACCCCAAAACCAAU